GGGCAGGCGGGAAAGGCGGGAAGUCGGCGAGGAGGCAGCGCGAGCGCGGCCGCGACACGACCCAACGGCGCCCACGGUCGCAGAAGCGCGAGGCGGACGAGCUGAGCAGACGUCUUGCAUCCUGAGAAACUUCCAGAAUGGCCCGUACCAAGCAGACUGCCCGUAAAUCCACUGGUGGGAAAGCGCCACGAAAGCAGCUGGCCACAAAAGCUGCUCGAAAAAGCGCACCGUCGACCGGUGGAGUGAAAAAACCUCACCGUUACAGGCCUGGCACUGUGGCCCUGCGAGAAAUCCGGCGGUACCAAAAAUCCACAGAGUUGCUGAUCCGGAAGCUGCCCUUCCAGCGCCUGGUCCGUGAAAUUGCUCAAGAUUUCAAGACAGACCUGCGGUUCCAGAGUGCCGCCAUUGGGGCUUUGCAGGAAGCCAGCGAGGCCUACCUGGUGGGCCUGUUUGAGGACACCAACCUGUGUGCCAUCCAUGCCAAGAGGGUCACGAUCAUGCCCAAAGACAUACAGUUGGCUCGCCGCAUCCGCGGUGAACGGGCUUAAGUUCCGCUCCCCCUUCCGACCCUUAAACCCACCCGCCCCCCCCCCAUUUCUUGGCAGCCCCCACCCUGCUCGUGUAUUAGAAUACACUCCGGGUUUUUCUCUCCUCUCCCUCCCUCCCUCCCUCUCCUACUCCUGUUUGUAGUAGCUAGGACCUGUGAGGAAACUUGUUAGAUAAUCUAUCAUAGUAGCUCUCCGGAGGUUGGAGGAGACCUGAUUGCUGUUCAUCAUGUACGAGCAAAAACAAAAAAAAAGGAAAC